AUGGUCGAUAAGCCGGAGUUUCUUGCCAAGUGUACAGCUUUAUGGACGGAUGGCGCAUCGGCAGUGACUCAGAGCUUCGUCGCCCUCUACUACAGCCUUAUGUCGCUGGGGGCCCUUGUUGGCAUUCGGGAGGACGAACCUGUAGAUGGCAUCGAAAAUCUGGAGUGGAGUAGGAUAUUCUUCGAGGAAGCGCGGUCUCGGACGAGCGUUAGUAUGGUGACGGAUAUUGAGAUGGUCCAGUGCUAUUUCUUUCUGGCCAAAAUAUGCCAAAACGAGCUCAACAAUCACUCUGCAUACAUGUACGGUGGACUAGCGGUAAGGACAGCCCUCGCAAUGGGCAUCAACAGGGAACCGCAGCCGAAUCAGAAACUGGACACGGCAUUGACUAAGGCGGCGAGCCGAACAUGGUGGAGCUUGUAUUCUUUGGAAACAGAGAUGUCCUUUGCAAUGGGGAGGCCCGACUCCCUCGGUGCUGAUGUCUAUCACAACCGCCGCUACCCUGCCAUCAGAGAUGAUCCAGCUUACUCCGGAAGCCCACCGGAGCUUCUGGAGCCGCCGCAUUGUGCCAUGAUUAAGGCCAUGGUUGACUUUGCCAGGAUCACUAAAAGCGUCAUCUUGGGCAUAUACCUUGCCGAGUCGACGCUCCAGCAAGCCCUUGCGUUGGCGCGCCAGAUUGAGCAGGACCUUGAGCGCUGGCUCGAGGGUCUUCCGGCCCAGAUUCGACCCAGCACAAGUGAAGACGAGCCAAGGCCUCUUAAAAGAAUCAAGGACCCCCAGUAUGCCAAGAAGCAGAGACUGGUCCUCAAGAUCCGAUACCAUAACGUGAGGAUUCUAUUGUUCGGAUACUUCCUGACGAAAUUGUCAACAUUGGACAGAGCGACAGCGGCCGGAUUUCAAGAGGAGCUCACCAAGUGUCUUGACUCGGCUAAGCAGACCAUCGAGACCAUAUAUGAAGCCUGUCAACGUCAUGACUUCUUCCGCACAUGGUUCUACAACACCAUGUACAUCCUAUUUGCGACAUCGAUCGUACUCAUUUAUAUCCCUCGGGAGUCAGGCAAACAUGAGUUGGAGUAUUUGUAUAAGCUUGUAGAAAUGGCGAUUGAGAUCCUCGAGAUCAUGGAUGAGUCCGUCGUAGCAAUGGAGGCAGCGAAGAUGAUUCAGGGCGCCCUGACUAGAACUCGAUGCAUGAUCCCCUUGGCUCCGAGAGAUACGGCUCCGGGGGAUACAGCUCCGGCAGAUACGGCGGCGAUGGAAUUCCAGAAGACGGCGUCCUGGAAUACGUAUGCAGGCCUAUUUGAUUUAACGGAGGGUGAUCUCAGCGGUGAUCUGCCGUUCCCGCUUGGAGAUCCCUCUGCAAUGUAUCCGCUAGGCGAGUAA